GAUUCUCAUUGGGUGACAGCUGCUUAAUCCGAGAGCUCAACAUUUUAUAACAUCUACAGCUUAAGCGUUUAUUCAUGGAUUUACGCUGGGAGAGACAAUAAACGCGAACGUGAAACGAAAUGACAAAAUCUGUGGGGAAUGGAGGAGUCGUCUGAAUCCUCAGUAGCGUGAGAACAAUUUUGUUUCCCGAAAUCCGUAUGACUUCAGUUUAAACUGUAAGAAACCCCGUGAAGGGAUCCUUUUCCAAAGACUGACAUUUUUCUGUGGAAACUUUUCCUGUGGGAAAGUUUUGUUUUUUUACCCUUCACAAAGUCUGUCACAGUGCCCCCUACUGGGGCCAUGCCCCACCUGCUGAACAAUGACACUUCCUUUAGCUCCAAGCAAGAGCUUUUGGUCCUACAUGACAGUCCAUUGGGACCCAGCCUGGACACUCCCAGCCCAGUGGAGUCCCAAGGCUCUGGUCCAGGCAGCCCAUCUGGAGAUGCCCACACUGUGCUCCACAAGACAGGCAAUUCAGGCCUUGAUCAUAAAGAACCGCCCACUGGGGUGAAGUUUGUCCCGACGGACUCAGAGAAUCUUUGUGGAUGGGGAGCACUGACCCCACGGUGUAUCCAGACCUUCAACACCCCACGCUGGGUUCUCUUUUUCCUCUGUGUGGCCUCCUUCCUCCAGGGCAUGAUCAUCAACGGCUUCAUCAACACUGUCAUCACCUCCAUCGAGAGACGUUUUGACCUGCGCAGCUAUCAGGCGGGACUCAUUGCGAGCUCCUAUGACAUUGCUGCUUGUGUGUGCCUGACAUUCGUGAGCUACUUUGGUGGUACUGGUCAUAAGCCUCGAUGGCUGGGCUGGGGUGUGCUCAUCAUGGCACUGGGCUCUCUGGUCUUUGCCCUGCCCCAUUUCACCACACCACCCUAUCAGGUCAGAGUACCAGAGCGCAUGGGACUGUGCUCAGCCAAUCACACCGAGACGUGUGUCGGCGAGGAAGGUGGGCUCUCAGCAUACCGCUACGUCUUUAUGCUGGGCCAGUUUCUGCAUGGAGUCGGAGCAACCCCAUUGUACACCCUUGGGGUCACCUACCUAGAUGAAAACGUCAAAUCAAACUACGCACCAGUAUAUAUAGGGAUCUUCUACACAGCUGCCAUUGUAGGACCUGCGGCUGGAUACUUGCUGGGUGGAUUUUUUCUCAACAUUUACACAGAAAUUGACCAAACGACAGAGCUGACUCCUGAAAACCCACUGUGGGUGGGAGCUUGGUGGAUUGGUUUCCUGGCAGGAGGAGCGGCAGCUCUGGUUAUCGCUUUGCCUAUAUUGGGUUACCCACGGCAGCUCCCAGGCGCUCAGCGGUAUGUGGCCAUGCGGGUUUCAGAGGCCCACCAGCUGAAGGAUGGCAGUCAGGUCACUGCAUCUGAUCCUCAGUUUGGCAAAACAGUAAAGGACAUGCCCAGAUCAAUGCUGCUUCUUUUGAAAAACCCUACCUUCAUCUUUCUGUGUCUCGCUGGUGCCACGGAGGCCACGCUCAUAGCCGGGAUGUCCACGUUUGGCCCCAAAUUUCUAGAGUCUCAGUUUAGUUUGAGUGCUUCAGAGGCAGCAACCUGGUUUGGGUAUAUGGUAGUACCAGCUGGUGGCGGAGGCACCUUCCUGGGCGGCUUCAUUGUAAAGAAGCUGAACCUUCGCUGCCGCGGGAUCAUCCGUUUCUGCAUGCUGUGUGCACUGGUCAGCCUGAUGGCUAUCUUCAUCUUUUUGAUACACUGUCCUAAUGUGCCCAUGGCAGGAGUAACCUCUCCAUACUACAACAACUUUACACACAACCACUACAGCGCCUCCUACCUGCAAACAGAGAUCCAUAACAACAGCUUUUCAGAUCUGGGCAACCUGACCGCAAGCUGUAACACUGGCUGUCACUGUGUUAAGGAGUUGUUUAACCCUGUGUGUGGUGCGAAUGGAGUGAUGUAUUUCUCUCCCUGCCAUGCCGGCUGUAGCUCCCUCAACCACACUUACAGCCCCAGAGGCAGACAGGUGUUCUCUGGCUGUAGCUGUGUGGUAGGGAAUAUAUCAUGGGGAGAACAUGGUUUUGCUGAAGAAGGGAGGUGUGUGUCGUCCUGCAAUCACAUGCCAGCCUUCCUCACCUUCCUUUUCGUCAUCAUCUUCUUCACUUUCCUCUGCAGCAUCCCUGCACUUACUGCCACACUCAGGUGUGUUCCUGACAGUCAGAGAUCAUUUGGACUUGGAAUCCAGUGGAUUGUAGUAAGGACUCUCGGUGGGAUCCCAGGCCCCAUAGCGUUCGGCUCUGUGAUUGACAUCUCCUGUCUGCUGUGGGAGGAGCAGUGUGGGGAAUACGGCUCCUGUUACCUGUACCACAACUCAGCCAUGAGCCAGUACUCGCUCAUCGCAGGCAUCAUCUACAAGGUUUUAGGCACUACAUUCUUUUUCCUGGCUGCCAUGCUCUACAAGCCGCCUCCUGAGUCUCCUCAGAGCAGCUGUGAGAGCACAGAUGUGGGAGGGGGAGAUGUCAGAGACCUGCCAAUCAAAGACCUCCCCGCUGAAAUCAUCUCCAACCCGCACGCCAAAUUAUGACCUCAGUCUACAAAUACACGACACCUCACCUCAAAGUGUGCAUGUACGCGUCUGUGUGCGUGUGUGUGUGUAUAAGGUCAACACCAUCACUUUUCACUGUGCCCCAUUCCACCGACUAUACAUCAUUCCUAACAUGCAUUUGUGAUAUAUUCUCAUUGGCCCACCAGUCUGAAACUUGGAGUCCACUGACCCAAACACGAGGACUGAAAGCUUCCAUCACAAUGAACGACCAAAGGUCAGAGGUGAAAUCAAAGCAUAUGAGAUACAUAACCAGAACCUACCAAAAGCCAACAUAAUCUUAAUUUGACAGUAGAUUAUUUAUGCGUAUAAUUUGAUAUUAUUUCUAUCAUUUGAAUGGAAAUUUACAGCAUUUUUGUAAGGAAGAAGCCAUAGAUUAUAUAGAAAAAAGCACUUAAUAUAAAUAUGAAACAGAAAGAGAGUAAUAUAACUGUGCAGAUGUUAUAAAAUGUUAAGAUGUUAUAAAAUAUUAAGAUGGUGGAUUCAAAUGCUGCUCAGUUAUACAUAAAAAACAGACAAUUAAAUAUAAACUGUGCCUUUGAAGAGUUUUGCAUUAGUCAGCACAGUUAAAAAGAGAUAUUACAGAAAAACAGAAAAAAAACUAUCCAUUUAAAUAUUCAACUCUCAAACUCUUAAAUCUCUUUAAAUUGCACUUUAAACUCACUUCACUGAUGGAAAUAUACAUCUGAACCAUGUACAGUAGUGAACUAUGUGCCAUUAGACCAAGUUUUGUCCUGCAACGCAACAUUACACAGUUCUAGUCCACAUUAUGAUACCAUCUAAAGCAUGUAUGACUUGUGAUUCUUGUGUUUGAUUUUCAUACAUUUUAAAUAUUUUUAACAUUUUAAAAUGUGCCAAAAUACUGUAGCUCAGGACUGAGCAGGACAGAGAGGCUUCAAGGUAUGAGCUCACAUAGAGAUGCAAGUGAGAGAUGAAGAGGGAGCAGGUUUACAAAAUCAACUUUUUGCAACUGUAUAACAGGUUGAAAAAUACUUACCUGAAAAGCACUUCACUUUGAGAUUACACUGAAAAUUAUUCUUGCACUGAUUUAGGAUGGCAUAUUGUAAAACAUAAACAGACACUUUCUCGGUUGCUUAUAAAAUAAGCAUGCAGCAUUUUUUAUUUUUUCAGAAUUUAAAAGUACCCCAAGCUGCUUAACUUCAAAUAUAAAAAGAAUAAAUAUCUGCCACAUAAACCUAAUUUGCUUAUAUUAAGUGCUACUAAAAACAUCUCACCAAUGAUACUUUAUGUAGAGGUUUUUAUUUAUUAUUAAAUGCAUUUGUUAGGAUUAAUUGUCUAAUGUUGUAUCAGAACUCUGAAGUCUUUUAUUAUUAUUAUUAUUGUUGUUAUUAUGUUUUUUUUCCUUGAUGUGAUGGAUUUUGAUGGAUUACAUCGACUCUCUGAAUGACAACGAUGCACUCGGAAACUGAAGAUUUGCACAAUGAAACUGAACAUGCAACAACAAAGAGUAACAUGAUGUUUGUAUUUGACUUUGUGUUGGUUCAUGUGUAUUUUUUACUCCGAUGACUGAAAGAAAUGUGUCUUGUGUCACAAAAGGAACUUGUGAGUGGGUCUGUUAUUGUCUUUAUCGAUAUUUGUUUGUGCAUUUUUUUUACCACUGUGUUUCUAAUCACUUGCAAUGUACUUCAUUUUGGUACUUUCUUUGUCAAGUAAUUUUUUAUGCAGACGUUUCGAUAAAAGUUAAGCAACAACCCAAAUACAAACAAACAAAAGCAAACUGUCAUAUUUUAUUCCGA